GUGACAGCUGGUGGAAGAGCAAAUUACUACGUGUCAUACAGACGAGAGCCUUUUGCCCAGAUUAAAUUGCCCAAAUACUCCCUUCCUAAGGACAUGCAUAUUAUCAGCACAGAUGAGAAUCAGGUGUUUGCAGCUGUUCAGGAGUGGAACCAGAAUGAUACCUACAAUCUGUACAUCUCUGACACCCGAGGAGUGUACUUCACCUUGGCCUUGGAGAAUGUGAAAAGCAGUAGAGGACUAGAGGGAAAUAUCAUCAUUGACCUUUAUGAGGUAGCAGGGAUCAAAGGCAUAUUCCUGGCUAACAGGAAGGUAGAUGACCAAAUCAAGACUUUUAUUACUUACAACAAAGGCAGAGACUGGCGUUUGCUGCAGGCACCAGACACCAAUCUAAGAGGAGAACCUGUAGUUUGCCAGCUGCCCUUUUGUUCCUUGCACUUACAUCUGCAACUCUCAGAGAAUCCAUACACUUCAGGAAGCAUUUCCAGCAAGCAGACAGCUCCCGGGCUGCUGGUGGCAACAGGCAACAUUGGUUCUGAGCUUUCCUACACUGACAUUGGUGUAUUCAUCUCUUCUGAUGGUGGAAAUUCCUGGAGACAGAUCUUCGAGGAGGAAUACAACGUGUGGUUUCUGGACUGGGGAGGGGCACUCGUGGCCAUGAAACACACGUCGAUGCCUGUUCGGCACUUGUGGGUGAGUUUUGAUGAAGGGAGAACCUGGAGUAAAUACAGCUUCACAUCAACACCACUUUUUGUGGAUGGAUCCCUUGUGGACCCUGGCAUAGAGACCCAGAUAAUGACAGUUUUUGGCCACUUCAGUCUCCGUUCGGAAUGGCAGCUGGUCAAGGUGGACUACAAGUCUCUCUUCAGCCGGAGGUGUAACAAAGAUGACUACCAAACGUGGCACCUGCAUAAUCAGGGGGAGCCUUGUGUCAUGGGAGAGAGGAAGAUCUAUAAAAAACGCAAGCCGGGAGCCCAGUGUUCCCUAAGCUGGGACUUCUCCCAAACUGUAGUGUCUGAACCAUGUGUCUGUGGACACGGAGACUUUGAGUGUGACUAUGGCUAUGAAAGACACAGCAACAACCAGUGCGUCCCAGCCUUCUGGUUCAACCCAUCCUCCCUGUCCAAGGAUUGCAGCAUUGGUCAAAGCUACUUGAACAGUACUGGGUACCGAAGGAUUGUAUCUAACAAUUGCACAGAUGGCUUGAGAGAGAAGUACAUGGCCAAGAUGGAGAAAUGCCCUGGAAAAGCACCUCGGGGACUGCACAUCCUCACCAGUGAUGGAAAAUUGGUCACAGAGCAGGGACACAAUGCCACCUUCAUCAUCCUCAUGGAAGAGGGCGAUCUCCAGAGGACAAACAUUCAGCUUGAUUUUGGAGAUGGCAUUGCAGUGUCCUAUGCUAAUUUCAGUCCUGUUGAGGAUGGCAUUCGGCAUGUUUACAAGAGUGCUGGGAUCUUUCAGGUGACAGCAUAUGCCGAAAACAGCCUGGGCUCUGACACUGCUGUUCUCUUCCUGCAUGUGGUCUGUCCAGUGGAGCACGUCCAUCUGAGCGUCCCCUUUGUCGCCAUCAGGAAUAAAGAUGUCAACAUUACUGCGGUGGUCUGGCCCAGCCAGCCAGGCACACUCACCUACUUCUGGUGGUUUGGGAACAGCACGAAGCCUCUCAUCACCUUGGAGAGCAGCAUCUCAUACACCUUCGCCAUGGAGGGGAUGAACACUGUGACGGUGCAAGUUGCUGCAGGCAACACUCUGAUCCAGGACACCAAGGAGAUCGCAGUGCAUGAGUAUUUCCAAUCACAACUCCUGUCAUUUUCUCCUAACUUGGACUACCACAACCCUGACAUCCCUGAAUGGAGACAAGACAUUGGCAAAAUCAUCAAGAGAGCUCUAACACAGGUGACUGGUGUCCCUGAUGAACAGAUCUUGGUAGCUGUAUUUCCAGGGCUGCCUACCUCUGCUGAACUCUUCAUACUGCCCUAUAAAAACACAACAGAGAGGAGGAAAAGCAGUGAGGCUGAUUUGGAGCAAGUUGUUGAAAUCCUUUUUAAUGCUCUCAACCAGAACCUGGUCCAAUUUGAACUGAAGCCUGGUGUUGAAGUCAUCGUCUACGUCACUCAGUUAACAUUAGCACCCCUGGUUGAUUCCAGCACAGGUCACAGCAGUUCGGCGAUGCUGAUGCUGUUGUCUGUGGUCUUUGUAGGCUUGGCUGUUUUUUUAAUCUACAAAUUCAAGAGGAAAAUCCCUUGGAUUAACAUUUAUGCCCAAGUUCAGCAUGACAAGGAGCAGGAAAUGAUCGGCUCUGUCAGCCAAAGUGAAAAUGCCCCCAAAAUCACCCUGAGUGAGUUCACAGACCCAGAGGAGCUGAUGGACAAAGAGUUGGACACGCGAGUGAUGGGAAGCAUCUCAACAAUUGCCAACAGCGAAAGCACAAAGGAAAUCCCUAACUGCACUAGUGUUUAAUACUGGGAAUCCACUUGGUCUACAACAUUUCUGACUUUUUAUUUGUAAUUAUUAUUGUUAUAAUUAUUAUUAUUAUUAUGAAAAGAAAGAAAGAGUUAUAUGUCAUUAUUAGCAUUUGGGAGGGGAUGGGGUGGGUUUUUUCUGUUUACCAGGGCUGCAUUCAUAAAUAACAGGUGUUCUUAGUAUUUGGGAAAUGCUCAACAGAUCAGAAAG